CCUGUUGUGAUGCAGGAAGCUGGGGGAGAACAGCUCAGCAACAGUGGCUUUUGCACAUCCGGCUGACUAAUAACAUUUUCCCAGGCUAUUUCUUGGUCUAUUCUCCAGGAUCCUCACAGGCGACUUCUACCAAUGCCCCGUCUGGAGAACUCUGUGUGCUUCCAUGCACUCUCUCCCCCUCCUUUUUCUGCAGAGCAACAGGGGAAUGAGAGAGCCUGAUGUAAGACUGUCUUGCCAAUGCAGACCUGGCCACCAAAGCCUUGCCUGGGGGCAAGGGGCUGUCUUCUGAAGCUUUCUUCAGCCUCUCUUGUGCAUGUGUGUGUGGCUUAUGCACAUCCUUGGAUUAGAGCAAAUGGGAUACAAAGGAGUAAGGAACGGGAUGUAUUGCUAUAGGAAAUUACCAGGAAAGAAUGUACCAUUGAUGGAGUCUGAAACAAUCAAGGAGGGAGAUCCUUUUACCUCAGAAGCCCAUGAAUUCAAUGAAGUUGUGGACUUCACACUGGCCAGAAAACACCAGGAUGGUACAAAGGUUAUCACCAUGAGUAGUAUUUCAGAAGAGGUGGAGCAAGAGAAGGACGAGGAUAUCUCUUUUGCUCAAGACCUGGCACUUCUCUUUGUUGUGGAAGAACAGAUAUGGGGCAGACUUUCGAAUGCUGUGCAAAAAGAGGCUUCUGUGGAACGAGAAAGAAGUCAGAGAGAUCCAGACACCUGGACGGAACCUUCAGAAGGAGAAAGAAAUCUCUGUAUCCAAGAAGCCAGGGAUACCUCCCUUCAUGGCCAUCUGGAGGCAGAUACAGCUGUUUCUUCCUUAAGCUGUCAUCAGUCUUCUCUCGUCACUCAGGCACAAGUCCCAAGCUCUCCUAAUGAGGUUGCAGAGGGACAAGUGGAGAUCCAAGUCCUCACUGCUGGAUUUCCCCAACCUCCGAACUCUUAUGACACAUUUUCUGAAGUACAGGGUGAGGAAACCAUUGUAAUGGAAAGUGUUGCUGCUCAGAAAGAAUCAGACUAUGAAUGUCUACCAGUGUCUCAUGAUAUUUCAAAAUGUCACCAGAAUGCCGAGUCUUUUGAAGACAAAUCAGGUGUAAAUCACUCAUUGGAAAUAGACACACAGCAGGAAAUGAAUGAGGGGAUUUUAGAAAGUAUGCAAGCAGUGCAGGACACUGAGAUGCACCCUCAUACAGAAGGAGCUGGCCAGAUGGGAUACCGGUUUUCCACAAAGAAUGAGGAACAGAGAGUAAGAGACUUAAAGGGAGAAAGAGAGGAUGAGGAAUCUUCUGCUUCUUCCCAGUCAUGUUCUGGCACUUCUGAAGAUAAAGGAAUACAUGCAGAUAUGACACAAACAAAGACUGGUGGAAUUUUGUCUCUGAUAUCUUCUCAGAUAGUAGAGAAUCAUUUAGACAUGGAAGAAAAAAUGAAAGAACGAGUGAAAAAUUCAAGUAGUGCUGUCCUCCAUUUCCUGGUCAAAGAAGAGGAUGGGGAAGGGGAAAAUAGAGCUCCUUCCUUAAAGGAAAUAAUCAAAACAAAUGGUGCCGAAAGCCCUAUAGAUUGUAGUGAAUCAGAAGCAGAUCAGAAAGAGCUGUUGCAAAAAGUGAAGCCAGAAUCAGCAGAGACAGAAACUCUGGAGUUGGGAGACAAUGGAUGGAGUGGGAAGGAGAAGAUUCUGGACUGGAAAGGAAUGGAAAACAAAAUGGGAGAAAAUGACAAGCCAGAACUGGAGUGUGAUGCUCAGGAAGGUCAAAAGUGUGACAUGAAAGCAAUGAAGGCAUCCAGGGAAAAGGUACAGAGAAAGAGGGCUGCCACACCAGUUAUAUCAGGUCUAGAUAUGCUGUCUAAUAUGGCAAAAAAUGUGGCUUCCCCUGAUUUAAACCAAAACAGUUCCUUGGCUAACACUGAAGGAUUUGCAGUCUCUUUGGAGCAGGGCUACCCAUCAAGCCAUUGCCCAAAGUCAACAAGUGGAUUACCAGAGUCCUGUGUCCAUGCAACAACUAUGCCAUUUGCCAGAACUCCCACUGAAGGUUUACGCAUAGUGCCUCCUGUCUGUCCUGACUCCCGCCCGUUGGAAGGCUCUGGCAGGUAUGAUCAAGCAGACCAUACUUCCCAUAGUGGCCACAAUGGUGACCAGCCCACUGAGGAGGACAGGAAAGGUUCUUUUGAAAAUGAAAGUGCUGGGGGUGAGAGAAGUGUCAGGGACAUUGAUGGUGAAGGAAUGCGAGUUUCUUGUGGAGAUUUGGUACUAUCUCCUGGUCCUGAGGACCUGCAUGAUACACAACCUGAAGAUUAUCCUGUUGAUGUUGAAAUACAUAUUCCUCCCUUCUCACUGGGGACCACAAAAGCAGAGAGUGCACAGCAGGUAAUUUCAAACAAGGGAGCCAGUGAUAGUAUUGUAGGCAAUGCUGUGUUCUGUGAAAAAUCUGAUUCCUUACAAGAGGCACCAAACGAGAACUUAUCUAUCUCUUGUCACCUGGACCUCAUGGCUCAUGAUGAAGCCUCAGCAGUGGAUAGUGAUAUGGUUGUACAGGAUUCCAGCAAAACAAAUAACUUCACUGAGGACUUCCAUGAAGACAUUCAGGAUUCUGCCUCUGAAAAUCUCCAGAAUAUAUCUCUAGGAGAAGGGCUGUAUGAUACAGCUCAACAUACUGUUGAAAUGAGCUAUGUUUCCUCUUGGACUACACGGAAUCCAGUAUCAUUUCAGGAAAAAGACACGACCGUACAUUAUUUUGAGGAAUUACAUCAGCACCAAAAGCCAACGGAAAUUUUUGUGUUUCCUAGAAAAGACACAGGAGCAGAUACACUUCACAUGGAGCAACAAACCUCAAAUAAUGAGUCAGCAGCUUUGUCAGUUUUGGGGCAGAAUGGAACAGUAGGUGAUCACAACACUGCCAGUCCUGCUUCUCUUGACAUUUCUUUUGCAACAGCCACUGAUGUGACUCAGCUCACAAAGCCUUUGACCUCAGUGCCUAUUUCGGAGCAGACCUUGGCCCUUGAGCCUACUUCCACCCACUUCUGUCAGCUUUCCUUACCUGCAUCAGACUGCAGACAGCCUGUUCAGUCAUUAGUGCAUACACAAAAUGCAAAUGCCCCUGCUCAUACAGAAACAGCCCUUGGUCUUCAUCCCAGGCAUCCUUCCCAGCAUGAAGAACCAUUAGCCUCUGCCAGCAAAACUAGUCGGUUCCUAGCUCCCAUUAAGUCCCCAUCGUCUUCAACUCCCAGUCCCAGUGCUGGGCACUUUGAAGCGCACACAGCCUCUGUAUGUGAUCUGAACCAAUACAGCCAGUCCCCGGAGUCAGUGCGCAGUUCAGAUGAGCCCCUGUCCCUAGGGUACGCAGCCAAAGAAGCUGUUCCCAUUGUAUCUCUAACUUCUAGCUCCAGCAGCUCACUAAUUCCUGAUGCCAAUCAGUUUGCCCAACAUUCAGUGGGAGCACCAGCACCUAAUCUGCCUAUUAACUGCAUAGAGGGUGAUAACUGGGCACAUGCUAGUGUGCCUAUUUCCAACUUGGUCUCUCAGAGAGCACCUCCUGUUUAUGAAUCCAAAAGUAUUUCCCAGCUUCACAACAUGGAGAGUAGAGUGGAAGAAGUCUCUGUUGGCACAAGUGCUUCCCAAGGUCAGAAAGACUGGAAUACACCUGAAGCACACAGAGACUAUGGGGUUGAUCUCUUGAGUGCACACUCAGAUUCGAUCCCUUUAGGAAAUGACACAUUUCCAGCAGAUGGUUUAUCUGGUAUUCCUGAAUCAAUGGCUAAGUUUAUGGAUACACCUGAUGGGAAAGGUUCAUUUGAUCUCAUAUCCCAUCACCUGGUAGACAGUCAGAAAGGAUGUGAAACUACAGAGUCCAGAAAUUCAAGGGAAACGCCUUUGCUUCUAGCUUUUACAAACCCAAUUCACUUCCUUCAGCUUGGUCCCCCAUCACCACCAACUACCAGACAUCCACAGAGGCAACAUGCUGAUUCUCAGGAGCCUCAGUGGUGGCAAGCAGACCCAGAAAGAGAUGCAGAGGACAUGACAGCGCCUAUGGUAUCACAACAGAGUGUAGGAAACACUGGAAGGUUCAGGGUGAACUUAGGAAAAUCAGUCAGGGAGCCACUUCCUGCUGUAAUUCCAAGAAAGGACAGGACAGCCAAACACUUACCCUUAGAAAAAUCCUCAAGUUGUCCACACACAAAUGUUGCUGGGUCAGACGCAAAAGAAUCGGCAUCAAAUUCAAAGAAACAGGAAGAGGGAAGAAUCAAUCACCGAACAAAGAGCAAAGAUUGGCAUCGACAGGGUGUGAGAAAGACCUCAAUACCAUCAGACAAUUUGUUAGAAGGAAUAGCACCUCUUGUUACUUCUAAGGAGGAAGCUUCUGCACAAAAAGACAAAACUGAACAUUUUGACCGAGUAAAAUAUGGAGAAAUAAAAACAGCAGCAGCAGUGGAAAACUUCAAGCGGCGUCACUCAAAACUGAUCAAUUCCUCAAGGUUACUCUACCAGGAGUACAGUGAUGUUGCACUCAACAAAGCCAUUCAAAACCAAAAGAGAGAUUCCUUAUCUGAAGACGUGGAACCAGGGUCUUCCCCAAGCUCCCCAAGAUUACGUAGAAAAGUGUUGCCCUCUCAGGACUCCUAUCUCCAACGCCUGUCAGUCUCUUCCAGUGCAUCUCUCUGGCAGGACAUCCCUAUGGUCCGAGGGAGCACAAUGUUGCUAAGCAUGACCCGUGAGGAACAGAAGCUGCAGGAGGCUAAGUUUGAACUGAUUGCAUCAGAAGCCUCCUACCUACGGAGUUUAAAUAUUGCUGUGGAUCACUUUCAGCACUCCCAAGAACUCCAGGCAGUGUUGAGUAAUCAAGACAGACAGUGGCUUUUUUCACGCCUUCAGGAUGUCCGUGAUGUCAGUGCUAAUUUCCUCUUUGACCUGGAAGAAAAACUUGAGGAGAACAUGUUCACCUUCAACGUGUGUGAUGUGGCCCUAAGGCAUGCCCCAGAAUUCCACAGGGUUUACUUGCCAUAUGUAACAAACCAGACCUACCAGGAACAAAUCUUUCGGAGGUUAAUGAAUGAUGUUCCUGCUUUUCAACAGGUCUUGGAGAAACUGGAAAGUGAUCCCAUAUGCCAGCGCCUGUCCCUUAAAUCUUUUCUCAUCCUCCCAUUCCAGCGUAUUACCCGACUUAAACUCCUUCUCCAGAACAUAUUGAAGAGAACUCGUCCUGGUGCAGAAGAAGAAAUUCAGGCCACUCAGGCUUAUGAUGCUCUUGAAAAGCUCAUAAAAGAUUGCAAUGAAAAUGUCCAGCGCAUGAAGAACACUGAGCAGCUAAUCUCCUUAAGUAAAAAUAUGGCCUUUGAAUGCAAGAUUUUCCCACUCAUCUCACAGUCUCGUCGGCUGGUGAAGCAUGGUGAACUUACAGCAUUGGAGUAUAAUCCUGGUUUGAAAUGGAAACUUACCACCCGGUCUAUCUACCUUCAUCUCUUUAAUGACUCUUUACUGUUAUCUCGACCCAGAGAGAAUGGCCGCUUUAUUGUUUUUGAUUACGCUGCCUCUUCAGAUGUGCGUGGAGAGAAGUGUGAAAUGAAGCUGCAUGGAACAAACAAAAAUGUUUUCCGCCUCUUCCUGCUGAGGAAUCAUCAAGGGAAAAAAGUAGAGUUCCUCUUCCGCACUGAAACUCAGAGUGAGAAGCUGCGAUGGAUUUCUGCUCUUACCCCUCAGCAAAUAGAACUUGACUUUUUGGAUGACCCUGAGGCAGCACAGGUUCAGGGCAUGAAGUCUUACAAACCCCGAGAGAAUGAUGAGCUGGCUGUGGAGAAAGCAGAUAUAAUUAUGGUCCUGAAGCAAAGUAGUGACGGCUGGAUUGAAGGAGUAAGACUCUCAGAUGGAGAGAGAGGGUGGUUCCCUUCGGAUCACGUGGAUUUCAUCUCCAGCAAGCAAGUACGGCAAAUGAAUUUGAAAGAGGAGCAGCGUGUUAAGGAUGCCAAACAACAGGUCUUUCACAGGAAUUAAGACCCUCUCUCCCAGCAAAAGACACUGCAACACCCUCUGUUGCAGCUCCCUGCCCCAAACUGGAUGUUUGGUCUUCUGGAAGAGAGCUAUCUCACAAGGAUAAUGAGUAAUGUUUGGCGAGGGACAUAGUCAAAGACAUUUUUUACCAAAUAAAUUAAAAACUCAUGGAAAAAUCUUGUACAUCACUAGGACUAGUGAAAAAAAUGUAGUAGGAGAAAAAAAGCAUCAGUCCUGGCAUGGUGGAUGGAAAGAAGUGCAAGAGAGCUGGGUAAUGGAUGUUAGUGCCUCUGGGGAACUACUAUUGACUUUUCCUCUGUUCAAGUGUAUGGACUCCUCCUCCCUUGGGGACUGUGUUUCAGCUUCUGCUCUGCAACUGGAGGCUAAAACAUUAGAAUGCCAAAGUGCUUUGAAUGCAUACCAAAGAAGACUUUAAAGAGAAAUAUACUUAUCAUGGAUAUUG